AAAUCUCCAGAACAUAUGACUUCAAACGUCUUUGCCUUAUCAGGUGCAGACUGGUUAUCUUUGCUGCCGUUCGCCUGCACUGUUCUGAUACUAUGCGCCUGUAUCGGACAGAGUGUAAGGUCCCUCAUAUUUGGACGGAGCCAGGUAUGUAACCCCAUGAUACGGAAGAGUGAACCCAAAAUCACCGACGUCAUAAUGAGAGAGGACCUCAUGAAGGAGGACAAGGUCAGCUUCUGUCGCUGCUGGAGGUCAAAGAAGUGGCCAUACUGCGACGGCGCUCACAAGUAUCAUAACCGUGAGACAGGCGACAACGUGGGGGCACUCGUCAUCAGAAGCAAGGACUGGAAGCCGAAACCUAAGGAUAAACACAAAGAAAAUAAAUGAAACUCUUUAGUGAAUGCCAGCUUAUUUCCAAAUCAAAAUGCUGUUUGAAACAAUAUUUGUGCCAAUGAGUGUUUCAUGAUAUACAUUUGUUCUAAUAUACACAAUUUAGUAACACCACAUCAUAUUUCAGAACAUCGAUCGCUCACUUGUUUUGUGAAUGCGCAUGACAACUUACUGUUGACCGUUACCUGAAUGAUUGACGUGAAAUAGAUUCUGCUGAAAAGUGGAAGUAUUCUUAUAAUCAUUGUAUACAUUAUUUUACACACAUGUUACUCGUCACCGGACAGUCAUUUUUUGUAAUUUUUGUUUUAUGUUAAGCUGAAUAAUAAAUUUGGAAAAUCUG